GAAAAUGGCGUCAAGCGAGAGUCAGUAUGAUGCGGCUGAGUUACCAGAUUUACUCCCCAUUUAUUACAGACGUCUCUUCCCAUUUCCGCAGUACUUCAGGUGGUUAAACUAUGGUGGUGUCCCCAAGAACUAUUUCCAAAAUCGAGAAUUUUCCUUCACCUUGAAAGAUGACAUCUAUGUGCGUUACCUGUCCUUUAAUAAUCAGAAUGAAUUGGAGAAAGAGAUACAGAAAAUGGUCCCUUAUAAGAUUGACAUUGGAGCUGUCUACUCAAAUAAGCCUAGUCAGCAUAACUCUGUGAAAUCGGGAACCUUUCAUGCUGAGUAUAAAGAGCUGGUCUUUGAUAUUGAUAUGACAGACUAUGAUGAUGUUCGAACCUGUUGCAGCUCUGCAGACAUUUGCCACAAGUGCUGGACACUAAUGACCAUUGCUAUCAAGAUUCUGGACAGAGCAUUGGGAGAGGACUUUGGGUUUCAGCACCGGCUCUGGAUAUACUCUGGGCGAAGAGGGGUCCAUUGCUGGGUCUGUGAUGAAAAUGCACGGAAUCUUUCCCAGGCAGCUCGGUCUGCUGUUGCAGAGUACCUGAGUGUGGUUAAGGGUGGAACAGAUGCAAUCAAGAAAGUACAUCUGACUAAUCCCAUUCAUCCUUCUAUACAGCAAGCUAUCACUGUGAUAGAUAGCUAUUUUGAAGACUAUGCCGUGAAUGGACAAGACAUCUUUGGCAGUAAAGAAACCUGGCAGAAAGUCCUUGCUUUGGUCCCUGAUGAGUUUCGAGAGGGAUUGCAAAUAGAUUUUGUCAAAAUGCGAAAUUCAGCUGAACGCUGGAAAUUGAUACAACGCACUUUGACCAGAAGUGUGAACGCCAACCAUUUAGCAGAGAUUAAGCUGCAGUACUGCUAUCCUCGUUUGGACGUGAAUGUCAGUAAAGGCAUCAACCAUCUGCUGAAAAGCCCCUUUUCUGUCCAUCCCAAAACAGGUCGCAUUUCAGUGCCUAUGGAUGUGAAGAAUUUGGAUAAGUUUGAUCCCUUUAGUGUCCCUACAAUAAGUUCUCUUUGCAAGGAACUUGAUAGGAAAACUAAGGAAGAGCAGGAGAAUACAAGUGCUGAGAGUGGUGAGGAACCAGACAUGAAGCGUCGCACCAGAGAUUAUAAGAAAACAAGCCUUCUGGGGCCGAUCAAGAUUUUUGAACAGUUUAUAGAGAAAAUGGAGCAGUCACGAAAAGGACAGCUACUGAAACAGAGUGAUAGAGGAGGAGAUUUUUGAUGUCGGCAAUGAGUGGGUUCCUUUUUCCAAAGGCAUUUUGGCGUAUGUUGUCUUGCAUCAUCUGAUUGUAAAACCUGGAACCAGUGACUGCCUUCUGGACUUCACUUCCGUAGCUGCAGUGAAGAUUUAAAUGUUCUUCAUGGUAUACCAAAUUGCAUUUUAUCAGCUCUGAAUAGCCUUCAACUGAGAAAGCCAGUGGAAUACUUGUUUCAGACUUCCUACCUGAGGUUUUUGUGUAAUCAUUUUGUAUCUAAUAGCAGCUAUAUAUAUAUAUAUAUAUAUAUAUAUAUAUAUAUAUAUACAUACAUUGUGUUACUUUGUCUCUAAGAUCCCUUUUAUUUUUCUUAUGGAUUCCUGCUUGCCUUGUGGUUAAUCAGGAUCAAUUAGAUCACAAGUCACACCUCACAACAAAUGCGAGGCAAAAAUGACACCCGAAAUGUUUAAGGUGAAGCAGGUUAAAAGCAUUUAAAAGUUCAAACAAAAUUUAACCAAUCUGAAGUAACAAAUAUUUCAACAGUUGUGUGUCUAACUGAAACUAUAAUUAAAUUGUAGGCAUGAAUUUUGUAAUUAAGGUGGAGGUCAAGCCAAGGACCCUGGGGAACCAGGGAUUCAAGAGUAAGUCCAGAGAGAAGCCUGAAAAGAGAGGGUUUUGGUCAUUAGCAAUGUCAUUGGAGACUAUUUAAUCUAUAAAUUAACUAACCAGUUAUUUGUUGAUUUUUGUUUUACUAUCAAUCUUCAUUUUCUUCCCUUGAUGUAAACCUAGCAGUAGGUUUUAUUUUACAUUGACUCGACCUACCCAUCAGCUUUUAAAAUUGUGUUGGAAAUGCUGAGUUCUCCUAAUGACUCAAUUGGUAAAUGUACUUGCCAAGGUAUUGAGACAUGGAGACAGUAAGGUCCCAGAUUUGAUCCUUGACCUUUGCUGACUCAAGUAUCUCAAAUGGGGCAGCAGUACAGCUCACUAUUCUCCAAACGUCAGAGAAUGCCUGCAUUGUUUCUUCUCCACUCCCCAAGCUGUUCCUUUAACAUCCAGCCACUACCCUUAACUCCUAUGUCAUGAUGUUAUUCUGGGCUGGCUGUAUGGGAAGGGUGGAACCCCCUUGGAGACAUAGGACAAUCAGCCUCUUGAGCCUGUUCCAACUUCAUUUGUGUCGUGGCUCAACUCCAUUUGCCUGCCUUUGCUCUAAAUCACUUGAUAGCCUUGCCUAACUAAAUAUCAAUCAAUCUUUCUCUGUAUCUAUUCUAUGGAAACCUUUAAUGAUUUUAAAUAGCUUUAUUAGAUCACCAUUCAUCCUUCCAAACCAAAGGUAAUACAAGGCAAGUUUAUGCCACCCUUUAAGUGCUGGUAUAAUUUUGGUGAAUGUGAUGUACUCUUUCCAAGGCCAAUAUCUCCUCUAAGGUUCCAGUGCCCAAAACUGAACACAGCACUGAAGGUGGAGUCUUGCCAAGGCUCUGUAAACUACAGCAUCUCUUCCUCACUUUUGAAUUCCAGUACCCUUGAGAUAAAGGCUAACAUUCCAUUAGCCUCUUUUGAUUGCCUUUCGUACUAUGUACUUAGUGAUUUGUGAACCUGGACACCCAAACUACAGCUUCAUUACAGCAUAGGUGGUGACCAUUUGGCCCUUCAUGUCUGUGCUGGCACUCUUGUAGACUGAUUCACCUAAUACUACUCCAUCUUUUUCCCCAUAACCCUGCAAGUUUGACCACGUUUCAGAUAAUGAUCCAGUUAUUCCUUUUUGAAUGUCAUGAUUGAAUCUGCCUCUGCUAGAUGUUAACUAAGCACUCCAUUUUAAAAAAAUUUCCUUGUCACCAUUGCUGCUUCUGUCAAUUAGCUUAAAUCAGUACCCUCUGGCUCAGUCCAUCCACCAAUGGAUUCUCUCUAUUUACUGUCCAGACCCCCUCAUGAUUUUGAAUACCUCAAAUCUCCUCUCGGCCUUCUCUUGGCCACACCUCCCUGUCUCUCACCAUAAAGAAAAUAUUCUAAUUUGCUUUUCUCAGAUCCAAAGUGGAUAACCUCACAUUUCCCCAUCUUGAAUUCCAUCUGCCGUAGUGUCCUUCUGUUUAUAUCCCCACCUGUUUCUUUUAAUACAUAUUGAGUGGAAAUAAUUAGUUUCUGGAGAUUUAUCUAGUGUCCCAUUAUUUUGUGCAUUUUUUUAAAAAACUUGUAUUAAAUUAACUGUUCCUCAUUUACAACAUUAUGUUCCCUUAUACCUCAAUGUUUUUAUGCUUGUGCAUGAAGAAUAGCCACUUGGGCAAAGGACUGGAGAACUACUGGCAUGUGGACCCAUACCCCAGUCAGAAUCAGCAUCUUCAAGAGCUGGGGUGCAAAAUUGGAAAAAAGAAACAUUGAGGGUCAACGGUGAAGUGUCCAGAGACUGACUGAAAAUGUGUACUUUGCAAAACUGCAAGGUCAUUUUGCUUGAACAAUCAGGCAGUCCAUUGAACAGAUACCUGCAGUGUCUAUUGCCAGCUAAUGUCAGGCAGCAUAUCUAUUCAACAAGGACCUAUUUUUAUUCUGCAUAAGCUAGUUUUUGAUUACUUAUUUUGCAUUGGGCUUUUUGGUUGCAAUCUAGUUUGGAGGCUCAUUAAACUGAAAAGGUGGCAUUCAGUACAUGGUAAAGGAGACUAAACAAAACUAAAAUGCUGCAGAUGCUGGAAAUCCUGAAACGAGAACAAAAUAUGUUGCAAAAACUGGGUCAGGCAGCAUAUGUGGAGAGAAACAGAGCCAAUGUUUCAAGUUGAUGAUGCUACCUGUGUUAUGACACAGCAGUUGGUAAAGGCUGAGUUAUUUAAAAUGCCAGAGGGAAACUUUAAACAACUGUCAUAACUUAUAUUUUCAAUUGGUAUGUUUGAGAUGCAGCUCUGAAUUCAGAAAUGAAAUUACCAAGCCUCCAGAAGUUUAAUAUAAAUUAAAUAAAAUUUAACAAAUUUAAACACAUACACAUGUCUAUCACUACCAUAAUAACUUUUAAACAAUUCCCCAAAUUAAAUCACUCCCAGAUAAUCUCCAAGGCAACAAUAACCCAUAGACUUAGACACCAGGCAAGGCACGUUUUAUCUUAUGAAUUCAAAAUGAGGUUCCUUUCAAUUUGGUCCUUCACAGCCAGUACUAAGGUUUACAGGCUGCUUCAAUAUUACAUACCUGAUUCAGACACAACCUUUUUUCUAUAUAUACCUAGCCUUCCCUUUGAAUGUAAAUUCUCAUUGUAUCACCAGGCCUUUGAACUCCACCUCUACCAAUAAAGCCCCUUUCAUAGUACCAAUUUUAUUAGUAAUAUAAACAUAUUGCUUGGUGUCUCCUGGCUAGGUACAAGCUUUCACCCCCAGUCUUUGAAUGGUUUAUUCAACAAAAUGCAAAUGUACCCUAUAUCUUACUAUUUAACAUCUCAAAACUAUUAUACAAUCAAAGCGUCCAAACUAGCUGGCUUUGAUCUAAUCUAAUUAAUGCACACUCACCCACAGGCCCUAUUAUAAGUCCAAUUUAAAAUAAUUUACAAUAUUAUAUACUUUAAUAUCUUUGACAUCCCCUCCCUAUUGAAAAAUGAACCACCAAUUCAAAAAGAUGGCUUCAUUUUUUAAUAACCUGUCUCACUAUCAGAUACAUAUACACAAGUCCUUUCUAUCAACAGAAACUCAGUUCAGUGUCCAGGUUUUUAAAACAUCCAAUUUUCUUUUAAGUUUCAAACUCUUGAUAAUGCAUCCGUGAACAGAUUAUUUGUACCAGCAACAUGUAUAAUCCGUAGAUUAAAUGGUUGUAAUAGAUUCCACCUGGAAAGUCUUGCACUUUUGUCUCAAUUUGUCCAAAAGCUUCAAAGGAUUGUGGUCUGUAUAAAAUAAUUGUUUUAUGAAUUGUUGGCAACAAAUUUCAAAAUACUGCAAUGCUAACACCAAACCCAAGGUCUCUUUUGAUAUUGAAUAUUCUGUUGUACAUUCAACUUCCAUUAAAAAUAUCCUAUUGGU